CUGGGCUCCCUGAGUCCUCCUCAGCCCCAGCGGAGGUGAAGGACGUGGUUCCUCAGAAACCGACUGACCAAUCGCAGUCGGGAAGAUGAAGGCUCUGUUGGCCUUAGUGAUCAUCACGUUCCUGGCAGGAUGCCAGGCUGAGGUGGAGCCAGCACUGGAGCCAGAGGUGCAGGAUCUAGCAGGAUGGCAAACAGGCCAGCCCUGGGAGCAGGCAGUGGUUCGCUUCUGGGAUUACCUACGCUGGGUGCAGACACUGUCUGACCAGGUGCAGGAGGAGCUGCUCAGCUCCCAGGUCACCCAGGAACUGACGGCACUGAUGGAGGAGACCAUGAAAGAGGUGAAGGCCUACAAGUCAGAGCUGGAAGAACAGCUGAGCCCAGUGGCAGAGGAGACCCGGGCCCGGCUGUCCAAGGAGCUACAGGCGGCGCAGGCCCGUCUCGGUUCGGACAUGGAGGACUUGCGCGGCCGGCUGGUGCAGUACCGCAGCGAGGUGCAGGCCAUGCUGGGCCAGAGCACCGAGGAGCUGAGGGCUCGCCUCGCCUCCCACCUGCGCAAGCUGCGCAAGCGGCUGCUCCGUGAUGCGGAGGACUUGCAGAAGCGCCUGGCAGUCUACCAGGCCGGGGCCCGUGAGGGCGCUGAGCGUGGUGUGAGUGCCAUCCGUGAGCGCCUCGGGCCGCUAGUGGAACAGAGCCGCGUGCGCGCCGCCAACGCGGCCACCCUGGCCAGCCAGCCGCUGCGGGAGCGUGCCCAGGCCUGGGGCGAGCGGCUACGCGGGCGGCUGGAGGAGAUGGGCAGCCGGGGCCGUGACAGGCUGGAUGAGGUGCGCGAGCAGGUGGAGGAGGUACGGGCCAAGGUGGAGGAGCAAACCACCCAGAUGCGCCUGCAAGCCGAGGCCUUCCAGGCCCGCCUCAAGAGCUGGUUCGAGCCCCUGGUGGAAGACAUGCAGCGCCAGUGGACGGAGCUGUUGGAGAAGGUGCAGGCCGCUGUCCAGGGCACCAGCGCCACCCCUGUGCUCAGCAAGAACCACUGAGUUGCCCAGGCGUGCCACCUGGUGGGCCCCACUCCUGCCCCAUGCCCCCUGCCUCUUCUCAGCCAGCAGCAGGAGGCCCUGUUCCUGCUCUGGCAGUCCUGAUGGGCCCUAGCUUAAUAAAGAUGUAUCCAGCUUCACAGCA